UAUCUUGCUCAUGUCGAGCUGAAGAAGGCAUACGAGACCAGCCAUGUAGAGCUGAAGGGUGGUCAGAACGUAAUUAUGGAGCAGCUCAGAGACAUAUUGGCCAUGUUGAAUCGUCCGCCAACGACAGCUUCAGCACCGGAGGCCCCAGCAGAUCCAUCUACCCCACCACCAGCUGCUUCACCCCCAGUAGAAGAGGAUGAGGUCUUCCCCGACGAUUACGAUCCUUAUGAGGGAGCUCCAGCGACUCCGAUCGAGGCACAACCUCUUAUCCAUGUACAUGACACCGAGUCGCAGGGUGAGAUUCUGUCCAUAGAGGCACAACCUGCAGUGGUUAAGAGUCGGAAGAGGAAGAGAAAGCCUCCUGUAUGGUUCGGUGACUAUACGGAGAUGAAGAGGAGACAUAGGCCAUCUUCGACUUUUGAUCCCCUGGAGCCACCGGACGAGAAAUUGUUAACCACUUUCCGAAAGUGGUGUGUUGGACUCAUUCUGAACCACCGACUUCGGGAUUUGAGAAGUGGUGAUUACGGUCCAGGAUUCUUUUGGAUAAUGCUCACACCAAAGGAAUGGCUUACAGAUGACCAUAUAGAUGCAGCAAUGCAUAUGCUGAGGAGGCGACGCACCGACUAUCCACUGACAUUUCCUCAGAAGGGUAUCAUUCUCUCCACAUUCGUGACCGUCAUGAUCAGCAGUGCAUGGACGAGCCACAAGGGUCCGAGGAAAAACUUUAAAUGGGAGGAAUAUAUCCUGGACUACUGCACAGGGUUUCAUAAGUCCCAAGUCUUUGAGAGAUGGAGGGGUAACGAGUUUAUUUACUUCGUUCUGCACCUUCCCACGGCAAGACACUGGGUCACAGUUGAAGUGGACAUAGAGCUGUGGAAAAUUAAUGUCUCUACGGCUUUGUGA